AUGGGCGGCGCGCGGCUCCGCCCUCCACCCGCCCGCCUCCACAGUUAAUAGUCCAGAGUCGGCGUGUGGAUAGUGUGGCUCUUUCUGGAAGAGAGGAGAGAGCAGCGUCCUGCCCUCGACUUGAGCAAUGCUGAGAAACUGCGCUAUGCGCCUGCGCACUCUGCGGCCGGGAGCAGCUAGGAGGUUAUUUUCUUCUGAGAAAGUCAUUCCUAAGGACUAUGCUCUCCCUAACCCCAGCUGGACUAAGGACCUCAGACUCCUUUUUGAUCAGUUCAUGAAGAAAUGUGAAGAUGGCUCCUGGAAACGCAUGCCUUCACACAGACAAAACCCUACUCGAGCUAUUCAAGAGUUCCAAACCCUUUUUGUUGAAUCUGGCUCCAUCCCUCUGAGAAGAUUUGUUCACGGGGGUGCCAUUGCAACCAUCAUUGAUGUCACUACUGGCACGUGUGCAUUUUCCGAAGGCAUUGCCAUGACUGCCAACCUCAACAUCAACUAUAAAAAACCUAUCCCCCUUCUUUCUGUUGUUGUGGUAAAUAGCCAACUUCAAAAAAUUGAAGGAAGGAAACUUUUUGUUUCCUGUACUAUUCAAAGUAUUGAUGAGAAGACUUUACACACAGAGGCAACAGCCUUAUUUAUAAAGCUGGAUCCUGAGAAACCUUUGACAUAAAAGAACUUCUGAUGAGUUCCACACUGUUCUGCAUGAGGCUCUCCCCCUCCAGAAGCAGCAUCCACCUCCACUCCUGUCACAGCUGCCGAAUCCCCCAGGGAAAGCCUGCUCUCACAGACCCUUCAGAACAGCCUCUGAAAUAUGGCUGCAGGAACUCACUCUCCACCUUCCAGAUUUUUUGUAAGAAGUACUUCCUGGGAGAGUCACAGCAAUAAUCUGUAUCUCCCUAGGACAAAUGUGUGGUUCUAACACGUGAACAGACUUUAAAGCUAACAAGCACAGGACCUGCUCUGCUGUGGACUGCAGAAGGAAAAGACAAAAAGAAAAAAGACUAUAUUGAAACUUUGACUGCAAAUGUGGAAAUGCAAGAAAACCAAAGGCAGGGAUAAAUAUAUGAAGUGUUGUGAGUGAGGUGCGUGUGUACGUAAGCCACGCUGCGUGUUACAAAGCUAGGUUUGUUGUAUCUAAACAAACAUCUCUCUGGCUAUAUUAGGGAACACAGCUCACUUCUGUGGGAAUGGCCCCCACAUCUCAGUUGUCUGGGGCCCUAGAGAUUAAAAUACUGCUCUUUUUUCCUACCUGUGCAAUUGUAUCUUAAACAAUUUGUCAUCCCUGGAAGAAGGUUCUGUUAGCUUUCUGGGACUAUAAUGAAGAACUACAAGUUAGGUGGUUUAAGCAAACAAAAACAUCACUGUCACACUCCCAGACACCAGAAGUCUAAAAGUAUUAACAAAAUGUUGCUUCUUAAAGUUCUGGGCAGGAACUCUCUCCUGGCUUCUACCAAGGAAGCUUCCAGCUUUCCCUGGUUUUCAGACACAGCAUAAUUUCUAAUUGUAAUUCUUUAUUAUCUUCUCUCUGUUGUAUCCAAAUUUCUCUUUGUGAAUUGUUUAUUUAUUUGUCUGAGUGAGUGUGUGUGUGUGUUCAGAUGCUAAAAUAAAUUGGGAGGUUAAUGUUCUAGAAAGCA